UAAAGUAUAUAAGAAAUGGCUAAACCAGCUUCGCGAUCAGUUGAAAACAUUCAAGAACUUGAGGAUUGUAAACAAAAAAUGUUAAAGUCCUUGACUUUCGUGUUGCUGUUCAGUGCUGUUGUUUCAGCUGUUCCUCUGCCGAGACAAAAGAGCCAUGUUUUGUCGACUUUAUUGCGUCUACCUGUUCGGAUAAUCAAUGGAACGGAAACUACGAUCGAAGAAAAUCCGCAUCAGAUAAGCCUUCAACUGAAAGAUCACGGUCACUGGUGUGGCGGAAGUAUCAUAUCGAAAGAUUGGAUUUUAACUGCGGCUCAUUGUGUGUACGACAAAUCGGAAGGGGAAUUGAUGAUUUUGGCUGGAACGGCGAAUCAGUUUGAGGGCGGUUCGCAGCAUUACGUUAAGGAAAUAAUAAUCCACGAAAACUUCCAAGCCUUGGUGAAAAAAAGUAACGACGUAGCGCUCUUACGAGUCGGCGAACCGUUCGUAUUGGACGAGACGCGAAGGCCCAUUCCCCUGUUUAAUUCGGGCGAAGAAACAAAGGUGGGAUCAACUGGGGUGGUAACCGGAUGGGGGGAAACCGGAAACGGUUAUCCGGACAUUCUCAAUCGAGUGGAGCUCCCGAUAAUGUCUAAAAGCAGGUGCAGCGAGCUGUACAAAGAUGUUGGCGGUCUCGGGAAAGGACAAAUUUGUGCUGCUUACGAAGAAGGUGGCAAGGACGCGUGCCAUGGAGACUCUGGUGGUCCGUUGACCGUCAAUGGACGUCUCGCUGGGGUCGUUUCGUGGGGUCGAGGAUGUGCUGCACCCAAACAACCUGGAGUUUAUUCCGAAGUUGCUUACUUUCGGGAUUGGAUCAGAGGCCACUCGGACGUUUUAAUAUGCUGCUGUCUCGGUGCUGUAUUUGGAGAUCCAAUUGCGAAAAUCACUGAAAUACAAAGCCACUGGGACGGUCGUAUAAUCGGAGGAGAGGAGACCACGAUCGAAGUAGCUCCUUAUCAAGUUAGUAUCAGUAUCGGUGGAUCGCACUACUGUGGUGGUAGCAUAAUCGCCGCCAAGUGGAUACUGACAGCGGGACAUUGUGCAAAACUGCCAAAAUCCUAUUACAAAGUGCGUGCUGGAUCGACCUACACUAAGUCUGGUGGAUCAUUGCAUCAAGUUUCGCUCAUUCUACAACAUGAAAACUUUACGGAAGAUCCACUACUAAGUAUACCGUCGAACGACGUCGCAUUGUUUCGGCUGAGCGAGCCUCUGGUCAUGGAUUCAACGCGUCGGAUAAUCAAAUUGUUCAACGAGGAACCGGAAGUAGGAACAAGCGCGGUCGUAACGGGUUGGGGAACGAUCGUAUUCCCAGGAACGGUCAAUCCGAGUCAACUACAGAUCGUGAACGUGUCGAUUAUUUCUGGGGGAGAAUGUGCCUUUUAUUACGCCGGAAUAUCUCAGAUCAAUGACAGUCAAGUGUGCGCAAUGGAUCCACACGGUGGCAAGGACGCUUGUCAGGGAGACUCCGGUGGUCCCCUGGUGCUCGGGGAUAGACUCGCCGGCGUUGUUUCAUGGGGAGUCGGUUGCGCGAUCCUUGCCGAGCCAGUGCCGCAAGAGUUCAGUAUGCUGAACCCGUACACACCGAACGGUCGCAUAGUGGGUGGUGAGCCAGCAACGAUCGAGGAGAUUCCCUACCAGGUAUCCCUGCAGUAUUACGGAUUUGGUUUCUGCGGUGGUUCGAUAAUCGACAAAGAAUGGAUUUUGACAGCGGCGCAUUGUGCCGUUUAUUCAGCAUCGUCGGUGACUGUGCGUGCAGGAACUCAUGAGAUGUCGACGGGCGGCACACUCCACCCGGUGAAGAAGUUCAUAAAGCACGAAAAAUACCGUACGAACAUGUACGGCAUACCCAUCAACGAUGUUGCUCUCAUACAACUGGAGACCCCGUUGGAACUCGACGAGACAAGAACCCCGGUUGAGCUCUUUGAGAUGAACGAGGAAGCCGUUGCCGGCACUGCGUCUCUCAUAACUGGCUGGGGAGCGGUUCGCGAAGGUAGCAGCACUACGGAAACACUCCGCAAAGUUAGUGUUCCGGUAGUUUCCAAAGAAGCGUGUAACGAUGCUUAUAAAUCGUUCGGCGGUGUCCCGGCCGGACAAAUAUGCGCAGCGCAUCCGCAAGGUGGCAUGGACGCUUGUCAGGGUGACUCUGGUGGCCCCAUGACCAUCGGUGGUCGCCUGGCUGGUAUUACCUCAUGGGGCAACGGUUGCGCCAGACCCGGUUAUCCCGGCGUCUACACCGAAGUCGCCGCCUUCCACGAUUGGAUCAAGGAAAAAACGGGCUUGUAAGAGCCGAGUCUGAAUUUACUGUGGACUCUAAAGACGCACCGUAAACUCCAUCAGCAAUUGAAAACAACUAAAAGUACAUGUUCGAUUAAAAACUUCUGAAAACACCAUUGGAAUAUUGGCUUUUCAUUUCCUUCACAUCAGAACUUCCAAAUGCCUGACUGAUCGGUUUUUAAAUGAUAAUAUUCGGCUUUGAUUUGUUUAAAAACUAUUUGAUUGGCGAAGAAUAAAAUAAACUGGUCAAAGCGUGGAA